CCGUUGCAACGCUCCGUUCCGUUUUUUCCAUUUUGCGCUCUUUUUAAAUCACCGGUUGAGGAAGGUCCUAGAAGCUACUUUAUUUUUUUUAAUUAUAAUUAUAAUUAUAACAUAUAUUUUCUUCUUAGAUCUCCCUCUAGGGUUUCCUCGUCGCCUCGAUCGCUCCGACGAAUCCACCUCCUUUGAGCAUUUGCUACGGUUUUAAUGGAUUCGUCUACGAUGAAGAGCGGAGCGCUAGUGCUCACGGAUGAGGUCGGUUUCUCUGUGCGUGCGGUGAGGGAUUUGGGGAUUGAUGGGGCAUCCUUUGAUGAUGCUGUUGUUAUUACCCAAUGCGGCUCUUUGGGUGGCAAGUUGCCAUUUGGAGCCGCAUCCUUUGAUUCUGUUCUUGCUGUUCUGAGAAGCCCCGAAUCUUCUGGAGAGCUUUGGCUUGGAGAGAUUGGUCGGGUGUUGAAAUCUGAGGGGCAGAUUAUUAUACAGACUUAUCUGCCUUCCACUUCACUGGAUAAGCCAAGCAACACAUUAGAGCGCAAACUGCUCUUGUCGGGGUUUGUCGAAAUCCAAGCCUUCGCACCGGCUCAAGAUGGUCAAUCCGUUACGAUUAAGGGUAAGAAGGCUUCUUGGACAAUGGGGUCAUCUUUCCCCCUCAGAAAAGAAGCAAAGAUCCUUCCCAGGGUUCAGAUUGACGAUGAGUCAGAUUUGAUUGAUGAAGAUAGUCUCCUAACUGAAGAAGACCUGAUGAAACCACAAGUACCGAUAGUUGGAGAUUGCGAAGUUGGAAGCACUAGAAAGGCCUGUAAAAACUGUACGUGCGGCCGGGCUGAGGAGGAGCAGAAAGUGCAGAAAUUGGGGCUUACUGCAGAGCAGAUAGAUAAUCCUCAAUCUGCUUGUGGUAAUUGUGGGCUUGGUGAUGCAUUCCGCUGCGGCGGAUGUCCCUACAAAGGCCUUCCUCCAUUCAAGUUGGGUGAAAAGGUUUCAUUGUCCGGCAAUUUCCUUGCUGCGGAUAUAUGACAGCGGACUGAUAACAGCACUAGAUAGUUAUGAUUGUUUUCGCAAAAGAUGAGCGGAGAUAUUACCUCAUUAGUCUGAUCUCAAGUUGAUGGAAAUGAUAGGAGCUUUUCGUUUCAGUUCUUUUACUUUUGUCGCCUUCUUUCAUAGGAUACUGCAUGUUGGCUGUCUUGAGAGAUUUUAAGCUACAUACUGAAUAUGAAGUUGUAGUAAUAAUUUAAUACUUCUAUCGAUUGAAAACACACAUUAUGUUCUGCAUUGUAAAAUAAAUCAUUUUGGUUCAAUUUAUUUCACCAUAGUUGGAGUGUCUU